AUACCCUAUAUAACAGCAACCGCCGCCAUGGAGACCCGGGGCCCGCCGCGCGUCAAGAACAAGGCCGCCGCGCCCAUCCAGAUCAGCGCCGAGCAGCUUCUCCGCGAAGCCGUCGACCGCCAGGAUGACAAGCUCAAGGCGCCCACGCAGCGCUUCGCCGACCUCGAGGAGCUGCACGAGUUCCAGGGCCGCAAGCGCAAGGAGUUCGAGGACUAUGUGCGCCGCAACCGCAUCAACAUGAACAACUGGAUGCGCUAUGCCCAGUGGGAGCUCGAGCAGAAGGAGUACCGCCGCGCCCGCUCUGUCUUUGAGCGCGCCCUCGAUGUCGACAGCACCUCGAUUGCCCUGUGGCUGCGCUACAUCGAGGCCGAGAUGAAGCACCGCAACAUCAACCAUGCCCGCAACCUGCUGGACCGCGCCGUCACCAUCCUCCCGCGCGUUGACAAGCUGUGGUACAAGUACGUCUACAUGGAGGAGACACUGGGCAACAUCGACGGCGCCCGCUCUGUCUUCGAGCGCUGGAUGCAGUGGGAGCCCGAGGAGGCCGCCUGGUCGUCGUACAUCAAGCUCGAGAAGAGACACGCCGAGUUUGAGAGAGCCCGCGCCAUCUACGAGCGCUUCACCGUCGUCCACCCCGAGCCGAGGAACUGGAUCAAGUGGGCAAAGUUCGAGGAGGAGAACGGCACGAGCGACCUGGUACGAGACGUCUAUGGCACCGCCGUCGAGACGCUGGGGGACGACUUCACAGACGAGAAGCUUUUCAUGGCCUAUGCCAAGUUCGAGGCGAGACUGAAAGAGUUGGAACGUGCGCGAGCCAUCUACAAGUUCGCCCUGGAUCGCAUGCCCCGUUCGAAAUCAGUCAAUCUGCACAAGGCCUUCACCCAGUUCGAGAAGCAGUUCGGAGACAGGGAUGGAAUUGAGGAUGUUAUUUUAUCAAAACGCAGGGUGCAUUACGAGGAGCAAGUCAAGGAGAACCCCAAAAACUACGACGCAUGGAUCGACUUUGCGCGCCUGGAAGAGACGUCCGGCAACACCGACCGCGUGCGCGACGUCUACGAACGCGCCAUUGCGCAAAUACCACCGACGCAAGAAAAGCGCCAUUGGAGACGCUACAUCUACCUCUGGCUCUUCUACGCCAUCUACGAGGAAACAGUCUCGCGCGACAUCGAACGAACACGGCAAAUCUACCAAGAAUGCAUCCGCCUGCUCCCCCACAAACGCUUCACCUUUGCCAAAGUCUGGCUCAUGUUCGCCCACUUCGAAGUCCGGCAGCACCAGCUCCCCACGGCGCGCAAACUCCUCGGCCAGUCCAUCGGCAUGUGUCCCAAAGACAAGCUGUUCAAGGGCUACAUCGAGCUGGAAAUGAAGCUCUUCGAAUUCGGCCGCUGUCGCCAACUCUACACCAAAUACAUCGAGUGGAACGGCGCAAACUGCCAGACUUGGAUCAAGUUCGCCGAGCUGGAGCGCGGCCUCGACGACCUCGACCGCGCACGCGCCAUCUUCGAACUCGCAGUCGACGAACCACAACUCGACAUGCCCGAGCUCCUCUGGAAAGCCUACAUCGACUUUGAAGAAGGCGAGGCAGAGUACGAACGCACCCGCGCCCUGUACGAGCGCCUCCUGCAGAAAACAGACCACGUCAAAGUAUGGACUUCGUGGGCGCAAUUCGAAAUCAGCGUCCCAGAUCCAGACGCCGAUAACACACAAGACGCAAACGAAAACGAAGACGACGACAACCCGCCCAUCAGCGCCGCCGCCAAAUCCCGCGCCCGCGCCAUCUUCGACCGCGCGCACAAGCGCCUCAAAGACAAAGACCUCAAGGAAGAUCGCGUCGCGCUGCUCAACGCAUGGCGUGCCUUCGAAGCCAUCCACGGCUCCAAAGAUGACCAGGAGAAUAUCGACAAGCAGAUGCCGCGCAAGGUCAAGAAGAGGAGAAAGCUCGAUGACGAUAGCUUUGAGGAGUAUGUCGAUUACGUGUUCCCUGCUGAUGAUGAGAGUGCGGGCAAGUUGGCGAAACUCAUGGCCAAUGCGCAGAGGUGGAAGGCGGCACAGGCGGCUCAGGCAGCGCAGGAGGAGGUGUAGGCGUAGUGAAUAUUGGGGUAGGUGUGUAAUGAUUAGUAGGGGGUUUGGAGUAUUUGGUCGGCAUAGGGAUCCUGGUAUAUGCAUCGUAUGAGCCCAACCACAUUUGCUGCUUUUGACAAGUUCAUAUUUUAUACUUCUGACUAGACAUUGCACGAGCC